AUGUCACUCCCGAUGCACCUCCGGUCGUACCGGGACAAGUCUAAGGACGAGGUCACCCGCGACUUCUUCAAUGUCCCCCUUCAAGAACACCUCCCAGCCCCGGAUCAGCCCCCGGCCGUGGUCAAGAUACGCAACAACAAUGUCAAUGAAGAGAGGCUGGGGCAGGGUAUGGAGAUCAAUGCGGUGCUUAGCGUGGAGGGAAAGGAAGAGGUCUAUGCUGGGAGACUGUCUCUAUUACCGCCAUUCCUAUGCUUCAUCUCGCUCGACCGCAAGUCGUGUCGCUGUACUCUCCCUUUGUAUACCAUUCGUCGUGUCGAGCGACUCAAUUCUCGUGCGGGCGUAUUCGCGCUGUCAUUAGCUACUUGGCAUGGUAUGCGGAUUGUCUUGCAGCUCACUGCUUUGUUACCGACCGCCGAGCACUUUUCGAUCUUGCUUCGCGAUGCGCUCAAAUCUCAGGUACGUCUCCCCUCACAUGUUACAGGAACAUGUUCUUACUGUUCACAGCUUCCCGAAAUGAAGAAGCUCAAGCUCUUCCUCCCAACCUUGUACUCUGAGUAUCUACUCGCGCCGCCAAACGCAAGUAACCAGACGCAGACCGAAGAUCUAAUCUCCACAAGCGACUUGGCGUCCUCCGGAGCAGCGCAUGAUGGGGAAGGAGACUUGAGAGGUCCCGGGGGUGAAGGCAAGGGCGAAUAUGAGAGAGGGCUGGGAGAAACAUUCGGAUUUCCGGGUGAUGCUCGCAAGAUGAGGGAAAGGAGUAAGAUGAGGCUUUGGAGAGAAUACUACAUGAUUCACGGACGCAAUUUUACCUUGUUGAGAUAUCCACCAUUCCAGAGAUUACUUCAAGUUGGUCUUCCUUCGAGAUUGCGCGGAGAACUUUGGGAGGUCAUGUCAGGAUCUAUCUACCUUCGAUACGCCAACCCUCAGACUUAUUCUCUUCUGCUUUCACAAAAUGCUGGCAAGCAUUCUCAAUCUACGGACGAGAUCGAGAAAGACCUCAACCGCUCUUUGCCUGAAUACAAGGCUUACCAGACCGAUGAGGGUCUGGACAAACUAAGAAGGGUGCUCGUGGCAUAUAGUUUCAGAAACCCGGAACUAGGGUAUUGUCAAGCUUUGAACAUCGUCGUCGCUGGUCUUCUGAUCUACAUGUCAGAAGAACAAGCGUUCUGGCUACUGGAAAUCCUUUGCGACCGAAUCUUGCCUGGAUACUACAGCCCCUCAAUGGAAGGGACACUUCUUGACCAGCGAGUGUUUGAAUCUCUGGUCCAACGUUGCUUGCCCAUGAUUCAUGAGCACUUCCGUUCGGUCGACGUGCAGAUCUCGGUCGCUUCCCUACCUUGGUUCUUGAGUCUGUAUAUCAACUCAAUGCCUCUCAUCUUUGCUUUCAGGAUUGUGGACUGUGUUCUCGCCAUGGGAGUAAAGGUGCUUUUCCAGAUUGGUCUGGCGGUGUUGAAGAUCAAUGGUGAAGAGUUGCUUGAGAUUACCGACGAUGGGAUGUUCAUCAACCUCAUGCGCCAAUACUUUUCCACCAUCGGUGACUCUGCCCACCCCGACCACGCUGAUCCUCGCGUGCGGGCCAUCACCAACUUUCAGGAACUCCUUGUUGUCGCCUUCCGCGAAUUCAGCGUAAUCACAGACGAGACCAUUUUGAGUGAGCGCAAGAGAUUGCGGGCAAUCAUCAGUGAUGAGAUUGAAAAGUUCUCCAAGCGAGCCGCUGUGAGAAACUUGAAGAAGGUUGGCAAAUUUAGCAAAGAGCAGACUGGUAUCAUCUACGACCACUACUUUGCAGCGGUCUGUUCACCAGAAGCUGGGCCAGCUGUCCACCCCUCAGUUGUCAGCCUGCCAGGUGAUCAAUUUGAUCAGCCGCGUAUACAAGUAGACGCCCAGGGCAGGGUCGAGACGAGGGUCGAUUCAAAGACCUUCAAGAUCUUCUUGAGUGGAAUAGCGACCUGGGCGAGGGAGGAGACCGUGACGACCAAUGCUUUCAUGCAGAGGACAGACAAGAAGAUCGCAGAUCACGAUCUGCUUGAUAGAUUGUUCUUUGCUUGGGACCAUCAAGGCCAAGGGUCGCUAUCUCUCCAAGACGUCGUCAUUGGUCUAGACAGAGUCAUGUCCGCUGGACUGAUGGAGUCUAUAGAGUGGUUCUUUGAGCUCCACGACAAAGACAAGGAUGGCUAUCUCACGAAAGAUGAAGUCAUUCGCCUUUCGGAAUCACUUCUAUUCAUCUUCCGCAACGAACCUGGAGACAUUUACCUUGCCUCGGUCUCGAAAUUCAUUCUCAACGCAUUUGAAUUUGGCGAUGCCACUGCUCCAGAAGGAAGCGAGACUGCUAGCAGUGUCCGGGAAAGGUCGGAUUCGACUGCUGCUCCACACAAUGUACCUUACCUAAAUCUACCCACCUUCCGUAUGGUCGUUUUGGCGGAUGAGCUUCUGGAAAGCUUCUUUGACCAUGACCUACCUGCAUCGUUCAAGCUUGAAGUCGCAGAGGCAGAGGACUAUCACCAGGCCCACCAACGGCCAGAUGGUCUGUUGGGCGGUCUCAUGAACCUCGUCGUAACCAACGAGAACAAGUCGCGACUCAAUCGCUUUGCAGACGGGUUUGGUGCAGCGCUUGGCAAGCAUGCCGAAUGGCGCAAACCUUCCUUGGCCAAGGCAGCAGACCCAGCUGUAGCCAACGCGUCCACCGACCUGCGCGCUCGCGAGUCACUACUCACUCCUGCCCAGCAACAAGGCUUCUUCCAACGCAACCGCUCCUCUUCUUCAACUUCCCACAUCUCCCAAGCUUCCCAAGCUUCUCAAGCGUCCAACAAGACUGGAUCCACCAUCGGAGGAGCCAGCAUGGAAGAGAAGCGAAGCCUGGCCGACGUGGCUGCGCGGUACAGAGAAGAGUCGCAGAUGGUCAAGGCAGCCCAAGAGGCCGUCAUGCAGCGUCCCAACUUUGCUAUCGAUGCGAUUGGUGAUAGUGAUGACGAGGGAGAUGAGGAAGAGGACGGUGAAGGGGGAGAUGACGAGACGGCGGCCAUCAUGAACGAAGUGGAAAGGUUCUUGGCACAGAAUGGGGGCGAAGGCGAGACGGAAGAAGAAGGCGGGUUGAAGGGAGAAGAGAAGAAGAUGGCCACGGAACUGCUAUCGGCUGCGCCAAUGGGCAAGCCAGGUGGAAAUGGCAAUGGGGCGUUGGUAGAUCUAUAA